UAUUUGGAUACAAAGUCAGCCGUAGCCACUGACAGCUCGGACAACUGAAUGGGGCAUUUUUUAGAGGGAAAAGAGGGUUCUGAUAGUGGUGGACAGAUGGAAAAACGAGUGACCCCAACGGGAAAGACUUAAAGAAAUAGCUCCCCUUAUUUAUUUUGGGUUUAGUGUAUUGCUGUUUUAAGAAAACAGUGGACACCUUCGGACAUAUUCAUACGCCCAUGCGACGACAAUAUGCGAUUGAUGUGAUAUAGCAAACUAUAUGUGUCACACAAAAAUAAUGGUAAUUGGAAAACCCGUCAUUUCAAUAACCAGAAGAACGGAACGCAGCCUUGAGGAAUAGCCUACAUCGCACCUGGAUUAUAAAUAUUUGUGGUUUACUGUCAACAACUAUCAUUUUUUAUCCUUAUUGCAAUGAAGAUGGUGGAUUUCUUUUCCACGGACUUCGCGACAGCCAAAGGAAACACAUUGCCGAAGUGGAUUUCAUCGUCUGAUCUUUGUUACACCGCCACGAAUUAUAACAAUUCUGGUGACAACGCCGCCACAUCAAGAUACACUGCUAUCAACGACAGAAAUAAUAGCUUGUUCCUAUACAGAUAAUAAGCUUCAGUCCAUCUUGUAGUUACGUGGUUUGGGUAGCUAGUCAGCUAGCUGGCUAGCUGUGUAGUGUGUGAACGUGGGUCAGCUGGAGAAUAUUACGAGGUAGGCAACUGUGGUGUCUCGAUAGCUAACAUUAUAAUGAAUGGAUGCGGAUACACCUUACCAUCGCAAAAAUACGAAUGGGUAGACUAUAGCUUAAACAAUAAAAGCAUUUUGGUUGUGGUGAUAGCAAGAAGUGGUGAUCGCAAUAGUGUAUGUGCUUUCAGUGGGUACUGAGGUGCUCUUUUCAAACAGUACGAGACUAGCUAAAAUAAAACAUUUUCAUAAUCAAGGUAGUCUAGGUGCAAUGCAUAGUUGGCCGUCUUUGAGAAAAUAUUUUCAUUCCGAUCUCUAAAAGGGAAUUUCUCUAAAAGGGAAAACAUUCUCAGGAUUAUCUCAGUUUGGCUAAUUAACUCUUCGCUCGAUGCAUUUUUAAGUGAAAUAGUUAUGAUGUCUAGCUCCAGGAAAAUGAACACUCUCAUACCCAGCGCACACUAAAGCUAUACCAAACGUGCAGAAUGCGCCAUCGGUGCUCUGUUUUGGUCAUGCAAAUAUUAGACAUACAGCCACCGAAACUGGCGUACUAGCUAGCUAGGUCUCCGUCGUAAUUCCCCAUCUUAAAAUGGUCGAGUGCUUUUUUUAACGGCUAUUUAAGGGCAUUAAACAGGCUUAUACGUUUAGUGAUGUAUAGGGCUUAGCCACGGAAGCGAUAAACAAGGGCAAUAACGCUCGGCUUAAAUAUUUCGCGAGAUACGCGUCGUUUCGCAGGACUGACGAUGCUUUUUUUCGCAGUCCAAUCGCCCAUAUUCGGACGAGAUCCCGUGCUAGCCAACUGACCCAGCCUAUCGCAUCCUGGUGGAAAGAAAAAACAAAUUGUGUCGGUCAGGGCUGUGGCGGCUUCAGGCAGUGUAGACGUGCUGCACAACCAUCCAGUUUAUUGCGAUUGUUUUGCUACGUUUAAUGUAACAAAUCCCUUUAAAUAUGAGAAAUAAUUUUACAACUGCCCGUUCUGAACCAAAUGACCCGACCGAGUUCUACCUUUUGUGCGGGCCCUCUUUGAUCAUAAAUGAAGGUGCUGUUUUUGGUACAUUGCAAUUUAGCUAAAUGUCAUCGCUCACAAAGAGGAUGGAUAAAGAGCAGUUAUGUAAAUAUCUUUUGUGAAGCCGUAAAAGAAAAGCAAAAAUUAAAACGUGAAAUCACCUCGGUUUCUUUAUUAGUGCACAACCACCUACAGCUAGGAAAUUGCCAGGGUUUUGUGAUGUGGAAAAAACUCAGUGGUCUCGAGGACAGCCAGUGAUCUUGGGGACUGAAGCGUGUAGAGUGUGCAGUGCGCUGCAAGAUACUGUCUCAUGCGCAUGGUGCCCUGUAGGAUUGACAAACCAAGUUGAUGACAGUCCACUGAGCCUUCAAAAAUAAAUGGGAGGCUGUCUUCAUAGACUGAAGGAAACACAAUGCCAGUACAUUUAUUUUUGCAGACCAGCUGAACUUUCAAUAACGUUUUUAUGUUUGUAUUGCAAUCUGCACAGCACUAGACUCGCAGAAAGCUGCUAGACAGGCACUUGUUUGAGGUAAGGACAAUGGAAAAGUGGGAAUUUUUUGUGGCUGGUCUCCCGGAUGGCCGUAGAUUUACAGUAAGCACAUCUCCUGACAAACCGGCAGACUCAGGAAGCUGUCCAUAAAGAUACAGGGUGUAUCAGCUCUGGCAGUGACUAUCCUGGCUGUAGUGAAAAUAAUGGGACAGCGCCAUACUGGAUUUUGCUAUUGAUUCCCCACCACUACCACCACCCUCGUUAAGGAAGGCUGGAUUCGGUCGAUGGGUUCUGCAUGGAUUUUGUGCAUGCGCCGACACAGGGCCCGUCCCAGCUGUUGAUCCCACACCGCUGACCCGCAGGCGAGCAUGGACCCGUACUCGAGAAUGAGCGGCACCACUGCCCCGCUGCCGUGCGCCAGCUGCGGGGGCUGCCUGCCCCUCGCCGCCCCCUGCGCCGCCCCCCCGGGCGAUGCCCGUCCCGCCUGCGCGGCGCCGGCCGAGAACGGCAGCAGCUGGAACUCCUCCACGCUGUCGUCCUCCGGCUCGCCGGACUCCCACCUCCACCACCAGGGCGGCGCCGCCAACCCCUUCUGGACGGCCGUGUUCGACUACGAGGCGACGGCGGACGAGGAGCUGACCCUUCGGCGGGGGGACCUGCUGGAGGUGCUGUCCAAGGACUCCAAGGUGUCCGGGGACGAGGGCUGGUGGACGGGGAAGAUCAAGGACAAGGUGGGCAUCUUCCCCAGCAACUACGUGACGCGGCGGGACGCCGGCUACCCGCAGCUGCCCGGGGGCCUGGUGGCGGGCGGGGAGUGCCCGCUGGAGAUCGACUUUGCCGAGCUGCGCCUGGAGGAGGUGAUCGGGGCAGGCGGCUUCGGGAAGGUCUACAAGGGGAUGUGGCAUGGGGAGGAGGUGGCGGUGAAGGCGGCGCGGCAGGACCCGGACGAGGACAUCGCCGUGACGGCGGAGAACGUGCGGCAGGAGGCGCGCCUCUUCUGGAUGCUGCGGCACACCAACAUCAUCGCCCUGCGGGGCGUGUGCCUGCGCGAGCCCAACCUCUGCCUGGUGAUGGAGUACGCCCGCGGGGGCGCCCUCAACCGCGCGCUGGCCGGCAGGAGGGUGCCGCCCAGAGUGCUCGUCAACUGGGCCGUGCAGAUCGCCAACGGCAUGGACUACCUGCACAACAAGACCAUCGUGCCCAUCAUCCACAGAGACCUGAAGUCCAGCAACAUCCUCAUCCUGGAGCACGCGGACAGGGACGACUUGUGCGGGAGGACGCUGAAGAUCACGGAUUUCGGGCUGGCGCGGGAGUGGCAUCGCACCACCAAGAUGAGCGCGGCGGGCACCUACGCCUGGAUGGCGCCAGAGGUCAUCAAGCUGUCCCUUUUCUCCAAGAGCAGCGACGUCUGGAGUUUUGGGGUCCUGCUGUGGGAGCUGCUGACAGGGGAGGUGCCGUACCGGGAGAUCGAUGCCCUGGCUGUGGCGUACGGCGUGGCCAUGAACAAGCUGACUUUGCCCAUCCCGUCCACCUGUCCUGAGCCCUUUGCCCGUCUGCUGGAGGAAUGCUGGUGCCCCAACCCUCACGGCCGCCCCUCUUUCGGGAGUAUACUGUCGCGGCUGUUGGCCAUCGAGCAGUCGGCCAUGUUCCAGAUGCCGCUCGAGUCCUUCCACCUGCUGCAGGAGGACUGGCGUCUGGAGAUCCAGCAGAUGUUUGACGAGCUGCGGGCCAAGGAGAAGGAGCUGCGGUCCUGGGAGGAGGCGCUGGCGCGGGCGGCGGAGGAGCAGCGGGAGCAGGAGGAGCAGCUCCGCCGGCGGGAGCAGGAGCUGGCCGAGCGGGAGAUCGACAUCGUGGAACGAGAGCUCAACAUCAUCAUCCACCAGAUGUACCAGGAGAAGCCGCACGUCAAGAAGCGCAAGGGCCACUUCAAGAAGAGCCGGCUGCUCAAGCUGGGCCGUGACGGCAACCGCAUCAGCCUGCCCUCUGGGUUUGAACACAAGAUCACGGUGCAGGCCUCCCCCAGUGUGGACAAAAGGAAGACCCAGGGAAGUGAGAGCACCACACCACCUGCCAGCCCGGGAGUUAUCCCUCGACUGAGGGCCAUUCGCUUGACGCCCAGCGAUGGCAGCAAGACUUGGGGUCGCAGUGCCGUGUGUAAGAAGGAGGACCUGGCAGCCAAUAAGAAGAAAGGUCGUACCUGGGGCCCCAGCUCCACUCACCAGAGGGAGCGGCUGGGCGGGGAGGACAGGCUGAAGUCUCUGGGCGAAGGUUGCAAGCAGUGGUCAUCCAGUGCCCCAAAUUUGGGCAAGUCCCCCAAACACAUUCCUAUGAGUGCUGGCUUCUCCAGCCUCAAUGAAAUGGAGGAGCAUUCUGAGUCGCAGGACUCGCCUGUGUCCCGGCUUCCCUCAGAGACUGACAGUAACGGGGGUUUGGAGGAGGGCGGGCCCUCGUGGGUCGGGGUUGGGCCCGGGACGGGGUCCCUGGACUCGUCCCGCCGCUGCGGCCAGCGCAAGAAGAGCGACCUGCUGCUGCUGGGCUGCGCCUCGCUGCUGGCCUCCGUGGCUCUGGGGCACGACCUGAUGCAGCUGGGACGACUGCAGGAUGAGCAGGAGCAGCGGGAGGACCAGCGCAAGAAGAAGGAGGGGCUGUUCCAGCGGGCGGGGCGCUUCCGCCGGAGCACCUCCCCCCCGAGCCGUACCCUCUCCCUCUCGCUGUCCCACAUCCGGCACCACGAGUCCACCCUGCCCAGCCUGGACCCGUCGCCCUCCGUUACGCUGCUGUCCCUCUCCUCGCUGUCCGACUGCAACUCCACCAAGUCCCUGCUGCCCUCCGACCCCGACGAGUUCCUGCAGACGCCCGCCGGGCCGUCGCCCGCUGCUCCGCCCCCCGCCCUCAACCCGCUCCUGGACCUGCGGGCGGAGAGCUUCAAGAGGGAGCCCAACCAGUCGCUGACGCCCACGCACGUGUCCGCCACCAUGGCCCUCAACCGCGGCCACCGCCGAACGCCGUCCGACGGGGCCAUCCGGCCCCGCGCACAGACCCUGGGGCACCGGCGAACCCCCUCUGACGGCAACACACCCCUGCCCCCAGCCCCCAUCCCAGCCACACCGCACACAGGUUCUAGGGACACUCUGGAGAUUCCGCGGCUGCCUGAUCCCUCCACCCUCUUCCCGACCGCACAUCGUCGCAAGGCGCCUCCCCCGCCCCCCUCCGAAAUGGACAGCCCGGGCGGCGCGGGCACCCUGGAGAGGCCCAAGACCCUGGAGUUCGCCCCGCGACCGCGGCCCACACCGGCAAGGGCGAGGGCGGACCCCUGGCGGCUGGGCUCCCUCUCGCGGACGCUGAGCUCGUCCCCCGGCAGCGGCUGUGACAGCCCGCUGGGCUCCGGGGACGGCAGCGCCGGCGUGGCGCAGCCCACCCUGCUGGACAUGGACACGGAGGGGCAGAGCCAGGACAGCACUGUGCCGCUGUGCGGACAGCACGCCCCUCCGGCUGCCCUCUGCGGGCAGCACUUCUCCUAGCGCACGGCCUGUCCGCCCCUGCACCUCCACCGCCCUCCUCGGCACUCUCCUCUCCUCCUGGUCACCGCUGCUUAGCCUCCUCUCUCCUGUCUGCACUCCCACCGUCCCUUACUCACAGACAAAGACAGCACCUCAAGACUCCACAGGCUCUGCCACUGGACAUGCCCGUGCACCAAUGAUGUUGCUUUUCCCUGUGACUUUGGGAGUGGUUGUUUUUUAAGUUGCCAUUUUAUUCAUUUAAAAAAAAUGCGAGCAUUAUUUCUGCCAGUGUGCACAGUAUCUGGGUGCUUUUGCAAAGCUGAACCUAUUGGUUGAGUAAGGUUUACAAACAACAGCAAAAAAAAGGCCUUUGCACACUGCAUCCAUAUCAUUUUCAUUCCUCGCUGGGACUUCAGUACUGGAUCGAACUGAAAUCAAUCAAGGAAAAUUAUAGAAAAACAUAGUGAGGCAUUUCUGGGGCACUGUAGUAUGCAAAGGCCUUGUUUCCAUCAGGAUGUUCCGCUAACAAGCCUACACGUGGUCUGGGUCUAAGUGUGCCUGUAAGCGUUUUAUAGCGCGAAAAGACAAGAACUGGAAAAAUACCUGUCGUCCAUUCCUUUGUUCCCAUCUAAUUACACUGUAUAUGUUUGCAGUUUACAACCCUACGAAUUGUUAUCUUUCUCCUCAUCGUAUAGCAAACAAGGACAGCUUGCUCUCCAAUGCAAAACAGGAGGGGGCGAAGGGGAGAAAAACUUCGAAGGAAAAUGAGGGUUUUAUUCAAACGCGUGAGGCGUUUCAAAGGAAGCAGCUCUCACUAUCCUCUUCCUCAAGCUACCUGUUUUGUAACGCAAGUCACCAAACUUUCUUUCUGGAGUACUCUACCUUAUCAAUCGUGUUAUUGUCAGACAUUCUUCAGCUUCGAAUAAGUUCGCAAAGAAAAGACACGACGAAAGUACGGGAAUGUAUGUAUGGCUUGACUGCAGACAGGAAAAUCGGGAAUAUCGCACAAAUUUCUCUCAGCGUUUGGGUCGUGGCGAGUGCUGCUCUGGGAACUGUAAGCGAACCGUUGCUGAAAUGUAUGUCACUUCGGUUUCAGCUGAAACAAAUAUUUUUAUUUUACAAGACACAAUACAACACAGUUGAAAAUAUACAAUGUACAGUGUCUUUCGGGGAAAAAGUUUUAUUUUUUAAUUAUUAUUUGUAUGGGAUGGUUUUAAAAUGGAUCUAAUGAAGUGGACCCGUUACUCUUUCCUCUGAGUGAUUGAGAACACUCGGAAUAUUUAUUAUAAUUAUUGUAAUAAUUAAAAUGGUCGUUAAUUAUUGUUAUUAUCAUUAGCCUCUUCCCAGGAAUUUCUGUAUAUAUUUGUAGAUACGCAACCCGACCGACAACCCAAGCAACAACUACCUUUGUUGAACAACCGUCUUAUGUUCAUGUACGGAGAUUUUGAUCUGAACUCGUGACGUCUGAGGCUAAAUGAGUGUGACAGUCAGAUGAUAAAAGAUUAUUAAUGGACGCGUGAAUAAAAAAUAAAAAA